AUGGCGACAGAGCUAGCCUUCGCCAAGUCCUUCCUCUCCCUCCUGGACAGCAAACCCACCAAGAUCUCCGCCGACCACGUCGAAGACCCGCGCAGCUAUCCGGGCAGCACACCCUACAUCAUCCCGCGCCACCCAACCUUCAAGCCCUUCUCCAAGCGGCCCCGCACCACCACCACAACCACAACCGGCACCACCAGCAGCCAAGAAAACAACCAACCCGCCCCGUCCGCGCAGCAGAAGCAGCAAUUAAUCCCCGUCACGCUGCGCUCCCCGCGCAACCCGCCGCUGGAGGUGUCCCUCCCGCCGCAGCCGCCCACGACCUCGCUGGGCGAGAUCAAGGAGCUGUUCGCCGCGCGCACGGGCCUGCCCGUGGACAAGGUCAAGCUGCUGUUCGGCAAGAAGCCGGUGGGCGACAGCAAGGCGCUUGGGGAGCUGCUGCUGCUCGGUGGCGGAGCCGGCGGCGGCGGCAGCGGCAGCGGUGGGGAGGGUGGGGAAGGGGCGGUGGUGGAGCUCGGGGUUAUGGUUCUUGGUGGGGCGGCGACGGCGGCGGCUGCUGCUGCUGCUGCUGGUGUGAAGAAGGAAGGGGGGGAGGAGGAAGAGGAAGGGGCCGGGGCCGGGGCAGAGAAGGCGGCGGCGGCGGCCGUGGCGCAGGGGUUGCAUGGAGAGGGGGUGUUGGCGACGGGGCAGUUCUGGGAGGAUCUGAGAGGGUUUUUGCAGCAGCGGAUACGGGACGAGGGGGUUGCGGAGGAGGCUUGUGGGGUGUUCAAGGGGGCUUGGGAGCGGAGGUCGUAG